AAUCAACAAGCUACUCAGGCACGGCGAGUUUUACCCCGUCUUCAAGUCAACAAAACACUGUUGUGUGUGUGUGUGUGUCCGCUGUAGAAGGUGUUGCAUAUAUAGAUUAACUGACCGGUACAAACAGAUCCUCUGAUACUUUGGCCUUUCGCCGUCGAAAAUCUGAUCGCCGCUCUUCCUUGUUUGAUUGAAGUUGAAAGGGACUUGUCGACGACCUCGUGCAAGUUAAAAAAUUGGUGACAAUGGAAAGCGAGGACAGCGCUGAGAGUUCCUCGGCCUCCGAAACCGAAACAGAAACCCAACCAGAAGAUAGAAAUGUCGAGGCGGUAUUCACAGCUCGCCCUUACCAAGUGGAAUUACUAGAAAUGGCUCUCGAAAGAAACACAAUCGUUUGUCUCGGAACAGGAACUGGAAAAACAUUCAUCAGUGUAAUGCUAAUAAAGGAACUCUCUCACCAGAUCAGAGAAAUCUACAAAAACGGUGGAAAAAGAAGUUUCUUCCUUGUUAAUACAGGUUAGAAAGUAUUAUUUUGUUUACGUUUUGUGUUUUAACACAAGAAACAGGUGGAAGUGGGGUUUGUAUGGGUAGCGUACCGAUGUCGGUGAACUUUUCGUCAGGACCACAAUAGCCAUCGCCGUCCGUUGGUUUUCAAUUUGCGGAUUAGGUAUUCUCUUGAAUUUCAUCUUAAAUUGCACUGUAAUUUGACUUGAGAUUUUAAGCUUUUAAAAUCAGUACAGUAUGUGGUCCUUGGGCCGGACGAAAAAGACGUAAAUGAGUAUUUGUUAUUUUAGAAGAGAAUUAGUGAGCUGAAAUUUGUUCUAUAAGUUACCGUAACAUUUUACUAACUUGUGACAAACCGACAGCUUCUGAGCUUUGCCGAAAAUCCUCCAUCAUAGAAACUGACCGCUCCGUUUGAAGGCCCCUGGCCGGCCAGUGGUUCCUUGGUUCGGCCACUUUGGCCACUUGUAAUGUUCAUAGCACCAACUGAUCUAAAUUCCUGUACAUUUUCUAUAGGCAGCAUUUUCACUUCGAAACCAAAAUGAGAUCUCAGAGUAAAAAGUUAUAGUUUUGACUUAUGAAGAAUUAAUAGCGGAGCUCUCGCGCGCGCGAAGCGCGCAGUGGAGCGCCACGGUAAAAAAAUUUGGUAAUCCGGAUAUGCAUCCAAGAAAUUUUGGUUCCGAGAAAAUCAAAAAUUAUUUAGGUCGACCUUUUGAGUGAAAUGUGUUCUCUAGAGAAUAUAGCGUCCUGGAACUGGCGAAAAAUCGCAGUGGCAUGGUAUGAUUCAGUGUUAUUGACGUUGAGAUCGCUGGUUUGCAUGUGGAAGACAUACAAAAAAGGUAAGUAAUUUUUACUCUCUUUGUUUACUGCAUCUUCCGUGCAACUCGGUACAAAAGGAAAUUUUUCAGUAGUGUAAGAAAACGUAUUGGGCUUUGUGUUGGUAUGUAAAUUAGCUUGUGCCAAGUUGCACGGAAGCGACAGUUUUAAUUUGUUAAAUGUGUAUCCCGUUUUUGUGUCAAAAUUCACGACUUUGAUUUUCGACAACAUUCGACUGUUCAUCGAAAAGCGUAUUACCACGCUAUCCAAAAUGUAUUUGUUGUUUUGUUCAAGUUUUUAAUCACGGAUUCAACAAAAAAAAAGUAGAGGGAGAGACAGUUUUAGGGUUUGUUUUGUUAAUAUGACUUCGCUUGUACUUUGCAGAGAUGUCAAGUUCCAGGGAGAAGCUGGCUGGAGAUUUUCUCGAGCGCUGAAGACGUGAGCUUUCUGGUGGGGUCCGGAGGCAUGCCCACCCAUGGAAACAUUUAAAAUCUGAGGUCCCCUAAAUCACUUUUCCUGCAUUCUGAGUUCAUUUAAGGGUCUGAUAAAGGAACUAAAUCCUCUUGACGUGAGUGACUCUCACAACCUAAUAUGUCUUACGAUUAAAAUCUUUAUUAUAAGGAGACUUACUCUCUUCACUUUACAGUUCUUCACAACUUCUUUCUAACAGUCUUCUGCAGUCUUCUGCAGUUCACCUUCUUUCGCUCUAAAAUCUACUUCUUCGAGACUUCUUCGCAUCUCGCUAUUUAUUUGUUUGCUGGUCAUUGUUAAAUAGGUUUACAUAUAUAAUAAUGCGUAGGAUGUAUCUACCAACAAAAACGAGCCACAAAACUUAUACUUCCUUAAUUAAUUACUAAAAAGGUCGAAAUGUUCAUUUAAAAGAUAAGUAUCUUGCGAGGGACGUCAAGUUUGGAGACAAGACGUCGCACUCUCAAAAAGCACACUGUUAAUAUUUAUGUUUCUGCAUGCAAAGCUUAUUUAGUAAAUUGCAUUGCUUAUUCAUCAUGUUGCAUUUUUAAAGGUAAAUACUUAGAAUGUUCUAGAACCUUUAAAAGCCUAUUGAUCGGAUAUUUAUCGAACUUUUAUUAACUUUCCAUAUAUCUCCAAAAUCGGGAAGAUAAGUCCUGUAACAGGUCACACAUUUUACUCAUGUUACAAUGACUAAUUUCCAGGUUGUAAAAGGCUGAAAAUAUGAAAAUAUUACACCUUCUUUUCUUUUUUUAUGAUGUAUUUAUUUCAAAAAUUGUUAACCCGAGUUCAGCUGGAGAUUUUCCUUGCUCGGCUGGAGAGCUGGAGAUUGGGUCUGAAAGCUGGAGACUUGGCAUCUAUGAGUUUGUUGCUAGAAAAACUAUGUUUAGAUGCUAAAUCUCCGCGCGUAUACAGUGUUUAUGGCAGAAAAAUAAGCCUACGCUUGGUUCAACUUAAUCUCGUGUCACUCGGUACAAAAGGAAAUUAUAACGAAGGUAAAGAAGUAUACUUAGCCAUUGUCUUGGUGUGUAAAUUGUCUUGUAGCUAGUGGAUCGAAAGAGGUCGGGCUCCGACAGUUUUCUAAAGUGCGCAGUUUGAAACGUGACUUUGAUCGAUCGAUCCACAUUUCAUUGUUGUUGCACAUAUUACAGCUUUGUAUGUAACAGAAAUUUCAGUUUUAUCGUAACUGUAGAAUGACAAAAUGUGAAAGUUUUUAAAACGCUUAGACCUUCUCGGAGCUACAGUUCGAUAGGUCCAGCAACAUUUUGAUUUGUAAAAAAAUCUGUUUACAAUGUGCACAGCUACUCUACGUUUAAGCUUGCAAUUUUAUAAUUGGAGGAUCGAAGUUUCGAUUAAAAUAUUUUGCUUCUAAAUUUUGCUUGGGGUUAUUCACAACGAGUUCCUUGUUAUUUUCCUUGUUUGGAGCUGCACCCACGUGCGUGAUUUCCCCCGUGUAGGUAGGUGAAUAGCGUAUUUUUCCCGUGAAUGCUUUUGUUUUUCUGUCCAUCGAAAUGGCUUAUUUUUUUGGAACAAAGUUGCGAAUUGAUGAUAGAGUUAACACACUAUUAAGGAAUCAAAAGUUCUUUCCAAGAAAAGAAAAUACAGUAAUCAUCACAAAUAAACUUACAGGGGUUAAACGUUUGAAGUAAACUUUGAUUCCUUAUGAAAUUUUUAGUUGGAUCAUGUUGAUGAAUGCAGUUGUGUAGGAUAUGCAGUUUCCAAUUUUGACCUCUGUCAGAAUCAUGAGAGAACACUAAAUACAGGUCUCAUUCAAACUUUAUAAUACCAUCGUAAUUACCUUCUGUUUCUAUCCCUAUAAACUUAUGGUCAAGCUUAAAUUUUACACUAAUUCAAUGUGAUAUUCAUUUGAAGAGGUUGUUGUUUCACGUGAUACAGUUUUCACUUUCAAUAAUGUGAAGUCGAGUUUUUUCUUAGUUGUUGGCUAAGGCAAUGUUGAAGUAUUUGAUAUGUUAACAUACUUUAUUUGUUCAUUUCUCUUCAGGAAAGAUUGAUUGAUCUUGGCGAUUUAUCGAGGGUUUUUGCGUUACGAGUUUUGGGGGGCUUAUACAUGGAGGGCCUUAUUUUCGGAAUUUUAUGGUAUACCAAAAACGUUAGAUUAACCAAUUGUUACAGUGUGAGUGCACUGUAAUAUUUAGGGAGUUAUUAUAACUCCAAAAAUGAAGUAAACAUUUUAGAUAUGGGUUACUUUAACUCCUAAUUUACCACCGUUUUCGUUGAUACGCGACUUUCGAAAAGAAAACACCCGCGGAAACGUUUCCAAAAUUUCCGUCAAUCAUGCGUGUUAUCGAGGUCAGAAGGUCACACUAGUGGCUGUGAUUGGUGGAUUUCGAUCCGAUCUGUCGAUAACAUGCAUGAUUGACGGAAAUUUUGGAAACGUUUCCGCGGGUGUUUUGUUUUCGAAAGUCGCGUAUCAACGAAAACGGUGGUAACUCCAAAUUUGGGGUCAUUUUUACUCCUGAAAAAGAGUUCUUUGUUCUUUUCACUCCCAGGCUGGAGUUAAAAUAACAUCGAAAAUGGGGUUAUUUUUACUCCUUACAUGGGUUGUUUUUAGUCUUUUUGGAGUUACUUUAACUCUGAAAGUGGAGUAAAACUUUUAGGUACAGGAUAACUCCUUUCUUGGUGUAAGCGCCAGGAAUGUUUUCCGUUACCUUAUAGUAUUUUUUUGUUCGCCGCGUUCUUAGUUAUUUUCGUGUUCGUGCCUUUAGUGCUGUUGCUUGGUUCAUUAGUUUUUCAUUGUCCGCGUAGCUUUGUCCUUCGUGUAAGGUUUUUUCUGCACAUCGUAUAUUUAGCCUUUAUUGUAAUUUUUCGCGUCAGUUCUUCGUUUAGCUGCGCUUGGUCCGGUUUACCGUUUAAUGUUUGGGUUUUUGCUCGUCCUAGUUUUUCGUCCUCAUCUCGCUAUCGUCUUUACCGCUGUACUUCGCUGUACUUCGCUAUACUUCGUUAUACUUCACAUCGGUUCACUUGUUUCCCUUCACCAGUUGUAGAAGUUCUAGAAUAAAGUUUGUGUGUUAAAACCUAUAGCGCGUAAAGGCUGCGACUAUAUUCGUAAAGACGAGAGUUGUUGGACUUUGGACGAUGUCUCAUGUGGUUCAGGAAGCCAAUUUGUCGUGUUCCGCCGGGAAAAAUGGUCAAAGUGUUCGUCGUUCAAGUACCCGUUCGCGGAAGCCUAAUUCUUCGCUGGAUCAAGAAUCAGUUACAAUGGAAAGAAUCCGAGAACUUAGAAAGAGAAGAGGCGGAGUGCUCUCUGCCUUGACGGCCAAGCGUAAAGAAAUUGACAGCUUAUUAACGGAUGAGAACAAUCUUGAAGCAGUCAAGGUGAAACUGACAGAGAUUACUUCCCUUUUUCAAAGAUUUACAGAUGCACACGAGGAGUAUAAUGCUGCCCUAAUCGAUGAAAGCCAAAGACAGGAAUCAGUAGUUUACUUCACUGACAUUGAGUCGAGUUUGAAUUUCUUCUGUCAAACGGUUAACGACUGGUUACGUGUAUCGGAGAUCCGGAUUCAUGACCUUGAUGUUACUCCCGAUGACAGUGUCUCACAGACAUCGUUCCUGUUAAGGAACAGGAAACGAUCCGGUUGUGGUUCGGCGCACAGCCGAUCUUCUCGAGCUAGUUCCAUUUCUGUUGCUAGGGCAAAAGAAGCUGCGAGAAUUGCAGAGCUUUAAGCCGAAGUGAACGCCCUAAAGCAGCGUCAGCUCAUUAACGAAUCUGAAUUACGGCUCAAAAAGGAAGAACUUGAUCUCAAGUUUAAAAAGGAUCAAUUAAAACUUGAAACGGAAUUUAAGAAAGCAGUAGCCAGGGAAAGCGCGUAUGCGAAAGCUGAUUCAGAAAGGAACACGCGUGUGGCGUCUUCCUCGCUCACCUCUCGCGCUCCUCGCGUGGAUCCGCGCGCGGCAGCCAUUUCUGAUGGUUUUUCUCGAGAUUUAAAGCAGGAAUCAUCUCCGGUCUUCCAUGGUGCCAAUUUCAGACCUAAAGAACACAAGACUAAACACAAGGUUCCAAGUCAGUCCAGUUCAGACUCUGGUGAGCAGUCUGGCCUUAGUGACCAAGCCUUUCACAUCCUCGAACAGCAGAAUCGUGUCAUGGAGGAGUUUGUAAAUCAGCAGCAGAAAAACACGCUACCCCGAAGGCAGGUGCCUAUCUUUGACGGGAAUCCACUCAGCUACUGCACCUUUAUGCGUGCCUUUGAGACUGUAAUCGAGAGUAACGAGAGUGAUAGCGGUGGGAGACUGUACUAUCUUGAGCAGCAUACGAGUGGAAGAGCGCGGGAGAUCGUGCGGAGUUGUAUGUACCUAAACCCAGGAGAAGGCUAUUCUAAGGCGAAGAAGCUGUUGGAGGCUAGAUUUGGCCAAAAGCACAAUAUCGCGAUGGCUUAUGUCGACCAGCUAACUAAUGGUCCCUACAUCAAAGCUGAGGACGCCGAGUCACUGGAGGGUUUCUCAAUUCUUCUGUCAAGUUGCACAAAUACACUGAAGGCUAUCGGAUACUUAAACAAGAUUGUAGGUCCGGACAACAUGAGAAAGAUUAUCGAGAGACUGCCACCUAAACUGCAGAGUAGCUGGCGGGACAAUGCUGAUCGUAUCCUCAAUGCGGACAAGAGAGAAGUUUGUAUCGAAGACAUUGCGUCAUUUGUUGAAGAGAAGUCACGUGCCCUAAGUAAUCCAAUCUUCGGAAAACUUCCCUUCUUGGCUAAGGAUAAGAGGAAGAGCCAGACACGAGGGACGAAAUCAAAACCCGAGGGUUCUGGGCCUGGUCCUAGAGAGCUUAGUAACUUCUCCACUUUAUCUCAGAAGAGUCCCAUGGAUCAAAACAAGUCUCAGGAGAAGAAGUCUGAAGAUCUCUCGAAAAGGAGUUGUUUGUUUUGUCGUCAGAUCCAUAAUCUCGUAGACUGUCCAGCGUUUGCUAAAAUUCCCGUCCGUGAGUGUUUCGACUUUGUGAUGAAGCAAAGACUCUGUUUCUCGUGUUUGAGAGGGGGUCAUCAAUCAAGGGGAUGCUACAAGAAGAAGCCGUGUUCACACUGUAACGGAAGACAUGCUUCGCCUAUGCACUCUGAUUCUUCAGAAGAUAAGCACGAGCAGCGACAUCUGAGAAUGCGAGUCAACAACCUGCUAGAGCCAGAGAGAAGGAAGAUCAGAACAGAUCCCAGCAAGGUGUUAAUCAGAAGAGUUUAUUAAGUGAUGAGUCGAGUGGCGUAGAGCGAGUCUGCAAUUUGACGACCACAGUGGGUCCUGCGACUGCUUUGCCAAUCGUGCCAGUAAAGGUCAGAGCACAAAAAAAUCCUUUUUGCACCGAGACUUACGCCCUCCUGGAUACGGGUUCUAAUUCCACUUUCUGCUCUAACAUGCUUUUGGAUCGUCUUGGCGUUAAAGGCAAGCAUUUGAAGUUGAAGUUAACUACGAUGGGUACGGCAGAGGAGGUUGAUAGUGUCGUGUCUAGCGGUUUAGUGGUGUCGGACUUGGAUGAAAAUGUUGUUGUCGCAUUAAGGGAGGUUUAUUCCAGACCUACUAUGCCUGUGUCUAAGGAUGAAGUCCCCAAACAGGAAGAUGUAGAUAGAUGGCCACACCUUAGAGGCUUGGUCUACCUAACUGAGCUGAACUCUCAAGUUGAUCUAUUAAUUGGGUCAGAUGUCCCAGAAGCUUUACAACCGAAAGAAGUUAUCCCAGCUGUCGGAGGAGGCCCCUACGCUAGUAAGGUGGAGUUCGGUUGGGUAAUCAAUGGCCCAACAGGAAGAAAGCCAAGAUAUGUCCCUUCUGCUUGUUACCUCACCAAGUCUAUUGACGUCCAUCCUAUGUGCGUGGCGUGUGUUCUGACUUUGCGGAUGCGUGUUUAAAUGACGGCACAGGAAUGUCUCGUGAAGAUAUGAAGUUCAUGAACAUUGUGGAAGACUCUGUUAUGCAGUGUGAGGAUGGCCAUUACCAAGUUCGUUUGCCCUUUCGUAAUCCAACUUUGACGUUGCCUGCUAAUAGAUGCCAAGCCGAGCGCAGAGCCCUCUCGCUGAGACGUAAAUUCAUUAAGGAUGCCAGAUUUCAGGAAGACUACGUUGCAUCUCUUGAAAGCGUAAUCCAAGAAGGUUUCGCUGAAAAGGUUCCCUCUGAAGAUUUGUAUAGAGCUGACGGAAAGGUGUGGUAUAUUCCACACCAUGGGGUGUACCACAGCAAGAAACCUGAGAAGAUAAGGGUCGUCUUUGAUUGUUCCGCUCAGUUCCAAGGGAUGUCUUUGAAUAGCGAAUUGCUUCAGGGUCCUGAUUUGACCAACAACCUGGUUGGAACACUGCUUCGUUUCCGACAAGACCCAGUGACUGUAAUGGGAGAUGUAUAAUCUAUGUUUCACCAAGUGCGUGUUCCUGUGGAGGAUCGUGACUUUCUGCAGUUUCUCUGGUGGCCCGGUGGUAAUCCCGCUAAGGGUUUGGAAGAGUACCGAAUGACCGUGCAUCUUUUCGGUGCAGUUUUGUCGCCUAGUUGUGUUAAUUUUGCCAUGCGUCGAAAUGCUGAAGAUCACCAGCACGAGUUUCCGCCUGAAGUCGUUUCUACUGUUCUGAAGAAUUUCUAUGUCGACGACUGCUUGAAAUCUCUACCUUCCAGUCAUGAAGCAAUUAAGCACGUUUGUGAUCUGCGCAACCUGAUGAAUAAACGAGGCUUUAACUUGACGAAAUGGGUCAGCAACGAUCGCCUGGUAUUAGAGUCCAUAUCUGUCGAAGAUAGAGCGAAAGGAACUAAAGAGCUUGACCUAACCUGCGAUGUUCUCCCAGUAGAGAGGGCCUUGGGUGUGUCAUGGUUCGUGGAGGCUGACCAGUUUGGCUUUAAGGUGUUCAUUAAAGAUAGGCCGUGUACUAGGCGUGGCAUACUUUCAGCGGUCAGUUCGUUAUAUGAUCCUCUUGGUAUGGCAGCUCCUUUCAUUCUUCCUGCAAAGCUUCUCCUACAGGAUUUGUGCAGACGGGGCUUGGGGUGGGACGACGAGGUCCCAGAUCUUCACUUGACCCGCUGGCGAGCGUGGGUAGACGACCUACCGAAGAUUUCCCGAAUUGCCAUUGAAAGGUGCGUCAAACCUGUCAAGUCCUCGGAUAUCGCUUCAUGUCAGAUCCAUCAUUUCUGCGACGCCUCUCAGGUGGCCUAUGGCGCCGUAUCAUAUCUUCGCUUAGUCGACAUGCAAGGUCGGAUAUUCUGUUCAUUCCUCAUUGGCAAGUCCCGCCUGGCUCCCUUGAAGGUAACUACCAUCCCCAGAUUGGAAUUGACGGCCGCUACCGUAUCGGUGCAGCUGAACAAGAUUUUGACGAAGGAGUUGCAGAUACCCAUCGAUAAAGUGACCUUUUGGACAGAUAGCAUGACCGUCUUACGAUACAUCGCGAAUGAGUCGAAGCGUUUCCAUACCUUCGUUGCAAACCGCGUUGCCUUCAUCAGAGAGGAAUUCUUCCCGUCCCAAUGGAGAUACAUCGACAGCAAAUCCAAUCCCGCUGAUGAAGCCUCGCGGGGCGUUACGGCAGACGUGUUUGUUCGUAAUGGCCGUUGGUUAAAGGGGCCGGUCUUCCUUUUAACAACCGAGACUGAGUGGGUGGACCAUGUCCAAGAACGCGCAGAGCUGACCGAGAAUGAUCCGGAAAUCAAGAAAGAGCCAAAAUCAUUCGCUGUAUCCGUCAGUGAAGUUUACGCAAGCGUUGUUCGUAUCGUGAAACGUUUUAGCUCCUGGACGAAUUUACUGAAAUUUAUUGCAGUGUGUGUUCGUUGCCAGAGAAGAUUUCGAUUAAGAAAGAGAGAGCCUGGCCUGAAUGGUCACGGAAAUGUUGGUCCCCUCAGCCUGGGGCCAAUGUCUUGUCAAGACUUAGACUUUGCAGAAAGAGAACUAAUUAUGUUUGACCAGAGGAAUGCAUUUCCUGAGGAAAUUGAAACCAUCAAGAAAGGAGGCUGUGUAAAGAAGUCAAGCUGCCUUGCAAAAUUAAGCCCAGUCCUAAUUGGUGGUGUACUUCGCGUUGGCGGACGACUUAGCAGAGCUCCUUUACCUGACGAAUCAAGGCAUCAGAUAAUUAUCUCCAAGGAUUCUCCACUUGGUGUUCUGCUUAUCAGGUUCUUUCACGAGAAAAGUGGUCACUCUGGGAGAGAAUACGUGCUGGCCCUCUUGCGCGAGCGUUUUUGGUUGAUUCGAGCCAACACAACGGCAAGAAGUGUACUGUCGUCCUGUUUCCAGUGUAAACGUCGCCAUGGCCCCGCUGGAGAACAGAAAAUGGCUGACUUACCUCGUUCCAGGGUCACUCCAGAUCAACCCCCUUUUACAUGUGUUGGAAUUGAUUACUUUGGUCCUUUCCUUGUCCGCCAUAAGAGAAGCUUGGUAAAGAGAUAUGGAGCUAUUUUCACGUGUUUGGCUUUGAGAGCAGUCCAUCUGGAGAUUUCCCACACAUUGGACACGGAUUCCUUUAUCUUAGCUCUUAGAAGAUUCAUUGCCCGCAGAGGUCAGGUUAAAGAGAUUCGUUCAGACAAUGGUACGAAUUUCACGGGAGCUGAAAAGGAACUUCGCGCUAUGAUCUCAAGUUGGAAUCAGGCCAAGAUUCACGACACCCUUCUACAGAAAGGUAUUAAAUGGGUCUUCAAUCCUUCAGCGGCUUCCCACCACGGUGGAGUCUGGGAAAGACUUAUCAGAUCCACUCGCAAGAUUCUUGGAGCCUUGACCAAGGAGCAAGUCCUUGACGACGAGUGUCUUCAAACCUUAUUGUGUGAAGCUGAGAGUAUCAUUAAUGGAAGGCCGCUGACCAAGGUCUCCGACGAUCCUAACGAUUUGGAGCCUCUUACGCCGAAUCACCUCCUACUACUUCGCCAAAACGAAUCUCUACCACCAGGGCUGUUUGAAAAGAACGACACUUAUUCCAGGAGAAGAUGGCGUCAAGUGCAGUAUUUGGCAAAUGUGUUCUGGAGUCGCUGGAAACGAGAAUAUCUUCCUUCGUUGCAGGAGCGCCAGAAAUGGUUUCGACCGAGAAGAAACUUCACUGUUGGAGACACGGUUAUCGUUGAUGAAUCGACGCCCAGGAACGUGUGGCCGAUUGGUCGAAUCACAGAAGUGUUCCCAGAUAGAGAUGGUUUCGUGCGUCGCGUAAGAGUCAAAACCAAGACCUCUACUUUGGAGCGACCCAUUACGAAGUUAUGUUUGCUGGAAUCAAUUGAACAUUGAAAGUGUCUUGUUUUCCCGUAUUUGUUCAAGAGACUUUACGUGACUUUCACUGAGCUUACGUGAUGUUCUAUCAAGUUUGAACAAUGAAGCCUGUUGAGGCACUUAGGCCUUCGUGACACUAUUCUUCGCUUAAGGAGUUUGUCGUUAAAGAAGAUUAUUGUUCUCGAUAGUUAAUUUUUUGUGCUAGUUCGUGGCUCCUUUUUCUAUAAUAUUAGGUAAAUACUAGCAAUUUGUAUUUAGGGGCCGGAAUGUAAGCGCCAGGAAUGUUUUCCGUUACCUUUAUAGUAUUUUUAUGUUCGCCGCGUUCUUAGUUAUUUUCGUGUUCGCGCCUUUAGUGCUGUUGCUUGGUUCAUUAGUUUUUCAUUGUCCGCGUAGCUUUGUCCUUCGUGUAAGGUUUUUUCUGCAUAUCGUAUAUUUAGCCUUUAUUGUAAUUUUUCGCGUCAGUUCUUCGUUUAGCUGCGCUUGGUCCGGUUUACCGUUUAAUGUUUGGGUUUUUGCUCGUCCUAGUUUUUCGUCCUUAUCUCGCUGUCGUCUUUACCGCUGUACUUCGCUGUACUUCGUUAUACUUCACAUCGGUUCACUUGUUUCCCUUCACCAGUUGUAGAAGUUCUAGAAUAAAGUUUGUGUGUUAAAACCUAUAGCGCGUAAAGGCUGCGACUAUACUUGGGGUUAUUUUAACUCCUCAUAUCUGGGGUCAUUUUUACUUCGAAAAAGAGUAAUUUUAAACUCCUUUUUGGAGUUAAAAUAACUCCCCCAAAAUAACUCUACUGUAAGGAGUUAAUCAACCCGAGUAGAGGAGUUAUUAUAACUCCUUGAAAAUUACUGUGUGGGGUCUUUUUACCCACCAUAUUUUAUUUUCUCUCAGUUCCUUUAGCCAUCCAGCAAGCCGGGGUGAUUAAGAAACACACGGAUUUGAAGGUGCAGCAUUAUGUUGGCGAGAUGGGAGUCGACUUCUGGGACAAAAAUAAGUGGGAAAAUGAGUUCAAUAAAAACAAUGUUUUGGUGAUGACUGCCCAAAUUUUUCUCAAUCUUCUACUCCAUGGUUUCAUCAAACUUUCGCAAGUAAAUCUUCUGAUAUUUGAUGAAUGCCAUCAUGCCAAGAAGAGUCAUCCAUACAAGCAAAUCAUGAACCGUUUUGUUGGUUGCCAAGAAACUGACUAUCCAAAGAUCAUGGGUCUAACAGCAUCUGUAGUAAAUAAAAAGGUGAAACCAUGGAAAAUUGAAUCUGAAAUCCAAGAACUGGAAUGCACACUGAGGUCAACAUGCGAGACAAGUCAAGAUGAAGAUGUUGAGAAGUUUGCUGCAAAACCAAAUGAACAGAUCAUUCAGUUUUCAAAUGCUAACAUUGACGACAGCACAGUUAUCUUACUUCAAAAACUUCAAAAAGUUUUAAGACCAGAAAUAAACUACCUCGGUGACUAUGAAGUGCAAGGGAAUGGUCUAUCAUUGGCUGCUCACUCUUUUGCCUUGUCGGCACUGACUGAGUGUCAAGAAAUUUUAUCAGAAAUUGGUCCCUGGGCUGCCAACAAAGUUGCAGGAUACUUAAUCAAGGACCUACAAGGUAUGGUCUAAAUCGAAGGGCUAGCAGCACCUAGUGGUCCCCUGGUUUUUGCUGUUUUUUUCAUUCAAACCAAAUUGUGGGUUUCCUCCAAUUUUUAAUUUAUUUGAGUGCGGUCUUGAAGUGCAUGAUGAAAAAACGCACUAAAUGAGGACCUUAACAACAUACAUAGCCAAACAUAAGUAAGUAUUUCAUUUGUUACAGUCCGGCUAACUUAGAAACAAGGAGUUUGUAAACAGAUUAUGUGCCUUGUCUUGGUAAUAUAAUACUGCAUAGAAUUUUUUGGUUAUUAAUGAGGGUAGGAACUUUUUUUAGUUUUUAUAGACACGGCAUGCAUGUUUCAAGACUGCAAGGAAGGAAGAAUGUUCUGUGAGUUUAGCAAAACACAGCUGCAACAACUACAAGGUGUUUAUAACAACUAUACACCCACUACAGGCUACAGUGAAGAGACUGCCAGCACUGAAAAGUUAUACAUAAUGCCUAAAGUAAAGGAGCUGUUGUCUGUAUUAAAAACAGAAUAUGGGAAUGAACAAAACAGUGGUGAGUUAGUCAGUUUCGUUAAUUGUAACAAAGUGCUUGCAAAUAGACUCGACUUUCUUGCAUUUAUAUGAUCUUAAAGCUGUCAUGUAACUAAUGUCAUCCUACAAAUUAUCCUCCCUUUGGGCAGAAACAAAGUGCCCUUGACAUUUUUUAAUCUAAUAUGAAACAAAGGAAAUCAAGAACAAAUGCAAUGAACACUUAACCACCUAGUAGAGAGGUUGCCACUCUCUACUGGAUGCCCUGUAUGGUUCCACAUCUCAUACCAGCCAGCUGAAAAAAAGCUGUUCCCAUUCUGUUAUCUUACAGCCUAUACUCAUGAAAAAAGGUUUACGCAGUAGGAUUUCUCAGCCUGUGAGCAAGCUCCCUUUGGGAUAUCUGGGCUCCGCAAGGAAGAUAGAGCUAUUUUUGACUCAGUGCAAUGAAGAUACUUAGAAUUGGGGUAGUGCAUAUCGACUGAAAUGCUGUAGACUAAGGAGAUAAGGUUUAGGGGAGGUUGUUCCAUUCACCUAAUCCUAUUCCCCAAGCCAAGAGAAAAAACGUAGAGAGAGCAGGAUCGUAGCGUCCAUAUACGCACCUACGCACGUGCGUACAGCUGAAAUCUAGAAAAAUUUUUUCCUGGACGCAUUUUAUCAUUUAAUCGGGAAGACUUUUUGGAAUUAUAUUGGUGUCUUUCUGCUAACGUGUCCUUCAUCCUUUUGUUGUUCCAUAAACAGACGGCAAGAGACAUUAUAGUGGGGUGAAAAACGAGAAAAGUAUGCCCUGCCCCGUCACAACAUUUUCCUUCGUAUUCAUUUCUCUAAAAUGUCCUGCAAUUAACGCAGGAAAUGGCAUUUCCCAGACUGUACAAUUAAAAAGGAGAGUAUAACCCCAGGCCCCCUUUUUGUUUGGAGAGCCUUCGACGCUCUAACGUUUCUUCCAGUGCGUACGUCUUCAAAAUCCCACGCAACGCCCCUGCAGAGAGCAUGCUCACAGACUGCAGAACACGUCGCUGUGUCCAAGCCUUUGGCCUCAUAAUUUGUGGCGUUGCUGCUCAUACACCAUCUUGAGUCUCACCUCGGGUUUGUUGAUUUGAAAAGGAACAGAAUGCAUCCGUCAGGCUGGUCCUGCAAUGGAGAUCUUCUCUAGCGUACUAUUGUUUUUGACUUAUAGGGAACAAGCUUUGUGGCAUAGUGUUUGUAGAAAGGCGAUGCACAGCUCUGGUACUCAGCGAGCAGAUAAACAUUGCCGCAAAAUCAGAUCCUGAGUUGUCCUUCAUCGAAAGCAGCUUUGUGAUUGGCCAUGGCACAGGUGGAAAAGCUAAUUACUCCAAUGAAACAGCGAUGAACUUCAAAAAGCAAGAAGAGAUAUUGCGACAGUUCAGGCUACAUGAAUUCAACCUUUUGAUUGCAACUUCGGUUGUUGAAGAAGGGUUGGAUAUCCCAAAGUGCAACUUGGUAUGCCGGUUUGAUUUUCCAAUGACACUACGUUCCUAUGUGCAGUCAAAGGGCCGAGCUCGUGCCAAGGAUUCCAACUACAUUAUUCUUGUAGAUAAAAAGGAUUACGUGGAAAAGCGAGGCGAAUUGGAGGUUAGCGAUCAGUUCUUUCUUUUUAUUCUUAGGGUACAUAAAAGUGACUAUUCGAUUCACUGUGUGAAUGAGAAUGGUCUUACGAUCUAAGAAUACAUUGCACUUCCAACAACGUCUUUAAAGGGUUAUUUGUUCUCCUUCUUUGUCCAUGACGGAUAAUAAUUACCAGCGAAGAAGACGUAAGAAGUCAUCAUUUUCUAACUUGUUUUCUGUUGGGUGAAAGUGAGGUUCACACUCCUGUUUUUAAACAGUUUAAUAAUUGUCAUUUUGAUCAAGUCACUCUAUGCUAGGAGUUUCUUAGAAUCCAACUUCGAUAAUUCCUCUUACGUUGCCAACGUUAAGACGCCUUCCAAUUGUAACGCUCAUGUGAUUCAGGAACAGUAGGUAAAGGGUAUGAGGGUAUCUUUAUGACAAAAUUCAAUAACCUAAAAGUGAAAAGGGUUAAGUCAAAUCUGAAAUAUACCAAGUCAAGGUUGGUAGAAAAAGACCACGGUCAAAGGAAAUACUAAAAAAGCCACUAUCGUAUAGGUAUCAAGCAGGAAAAGGCAUCGCGCUAAAAGGCAACACGCAAAGAGGCAUCACGCAAAAAGGCAUAACGCAAAGAGGCAACACGCAAAAAGGCAACACCCAGAGGGAUCACGCAAAGAGCCAACACGCAAAAGCAGUACGCAAAGAGGCAUAAUGCAAAAAGGCAACACGCAAAAAGGCAUUGCAAAAAAGGCAAUUUGCAAAAAGGGCAUCAAGUGAGAAGUUUACUUAGGAUCCAGGCCUGGAUCUUAAACAGUAUUUUUUUAGUACAUACUGCAAGCAAACCGAAAUUGUAUUCGAACGAGACAUUCUAUCUUGCUCACUUCCUGAGGUACUUAUUCGGUACCUUAGGCGUGCCCUGAUUGAUAAUUACAACAAGUCCAAAACGGAAUUGACAGCGAUUGCAUUUCUUUCCGGCAGGAAAACUUAAUUGAUUUACUUUUGAGAUCGGCACAUCUAUACCAAGACGGCGGACAGGUUUUAGCGGUUCUUCGUGCAGCGUUUUAAAACAGCAGUGGAAAAUUGCCGUCAAUCUGAGGAUGAUCCCACGAUAUGAGGGAACUUAUCACGUUACGCCCUUUUUGCAAAUUGCUUUUUUUGCGAUUCCUUUUUGCGUUUUGCCUUUUAGCGUUUAUGCCUCUUUGCGUAUUGCCUUUUUACGUGUUGGCUCUUUGCGUGAUGCCUCUUGGCGUUACGCCUUUUUGCGUGUUGGCUUUUUGCGUGAUGCCUUUUUGCAUGUUGCCUCUUUGCUUUAUGUCUCUUUGCUUGUUGCCUUUUACCGUGAUGCCUUUUUCUGCGUGAUACCUAUAUGAUCAUGGCUUUUUAGUAUUUCUUCCUUUUAGUGUGGUCUUUGUUUUACCAACUUUGACUUGGUAUAUUUCAGACUUGAUUUAACCCUUUUCACAUUUAGGUCAUUGAAUUUUUUCAUAGAUAUAACCUCAUAGUAGAGUGUCUUACAUACGCUUUCGACAACAAAAAUUGUGAUGUUUGCGUCACAAUUUAUACGGAGAACUAUUAACUUGUUGGCAUGAAUGGUGUCUCAGUUGAACAGCCGUGUUCAUAUAGUCAUAUUAUAUUUUGGCGAAUUUUUACCGUAUUCCUAGACUAACAAUCAGCUUUGGAUAACAGUGUGUUGCUUUUAAUCGUCAGAUGAUGCGUGAAAUUGAGAAUUGUCUGUCAAAGAAGUGCCAUGGCCGCAAAGAGCCAAGUAAAGAGGAGUGUGAAGAAGUAGCAGGCGCGAACAGUUUCUUACCUCCAUAUGAACCUGAGAACCGUACAGGAGCAAUAGUCACCAUGGAGAACAGCGUUUGUCUCCUGAGCAUGUAAUAUUACGGAGCUUAAGCAAACACAUUUUUGAGCAACGCAUAUCAACCGGAAGUAGACUUUUUGCAUUCUUGGGCAGUGCUUUUGCCCAAAUUUUCUAGCCAGUGUAACGGGCAGGAUUGUUGUGCCCGGGGUAUUUUCUUGGCGGUGGAGCCGCCACACGAAGCAAGAGCGAGGCCGCAAGGGAAAAUCCGCCUGCCACAUCUCGUUUGUCACCCAAUCAGGAAGAGCGGUUUAAUACGAAACUGACAAAAAAAUUAAAAACAUAGCAGAGCAUCAAGCCAUGGACAAAACAACUACAUGUUGCACUGAAGAAACUAAAACGUUCUUUAAAAUGCAUUACAAAAGGUGACAGAAGAGAUGCGCUUUUGUUAUAGAGCCAAUUUCCUGUCGUAAAACGAGAUUAGCUUCCGCAUUAAAUGGGAAAAAGCCUCACUUCCGGUUGCUUUACGUGGUUAAAAAUCGACUCGGCUUAAACUCCCUAUUGGCUUUUUCAGCGCUGCCAACUGUUUAUUUUUGUUUUGUUCAAUUGGUCUUGUUUUUGUUCUUAACCUUUAGGAUCGUAAACGAACUUGCUCUUUGGUUACUUGGUUCCCGGGCCUACUGCCUGCGGGUACUGGCUCAAAAUGGCAUUGUGUUUACACCUUUGGUUCCUGAUAUAUAACUGUGUACACAUUUGCCCCAUUUUUCCCUGUCUGAAGUUAUUUUGAAACGUAAGUGAAGCAGAAAGCUAUGGAAAAGCAAAGCAGUGGAUUCCCUCGAAAUGAACAGAAAACGUGUGCACACAGGGAGCCUGUGCCACUUAAGUUCCCCAAGUACAAGGUCCCGUGCCCGGGCACCAAGUUUGAACAUAGCCGUAGUAAAUAUGCACAGCAGAGGAGAUCCCCCCCCCGCCCAACCGCCCCCGCAACAAACACACCACUUUAGGUGCCUGUCCAGCUAGCCCUUAUGCCGCUUUAGACGUUCGCGCCUUCCGUGAACUGGUAUUAUUAAGACAGUGGACUAGGCUGAAUAAAUGCUGUGUGCAAAUGCUGAGUACAUUCUCUUUCUUUCAGACUAAAGAUCAAAUAUUCUUUGACCUGGACUGUUUCUCUAUCUUACCAUACUUCAGGUACUGUUCCAUGUUGCCAAGUGACAGAUUCACACACCUCAGCCCAGUUUACAAGAUAGAGGAAGUUGAGGAAGAUGGAAAAAAAUCAUUUAAGUGUGAACUGGAACUGCCAAUUAACUGCCAGCUGCGAAGAACUAUAUGUGUGAGUGCAAAUAAAAUCACUGUUCUGACUCUAGUGUAGUAAAUUGAGGAUAAGUUACCUUUAAUAAUAAGCAGUACCUUAAGCUUCAGGCCUCCCAGUCUCGUCAAAAAAUAUCAAAAGUGGCUUAUUUGCUGAAGCAUCUUCACUAAACGUAUGUACUCGAAAAGCUUUCAAUGAUUCAGAACGAUCGUAGUUGCAUUUCGACAGUACACGGUCAAUUUAUCCUUUCCUGUCAGAUUCAUAAAUUAAUACACUUGGCAACUUUUUUUGUAUUCCAACAGGGCAGGGCGAUGCCACGAAAAAACCUUGCAAAAAUGGCUGCUGCUCUCUACGCCUGCAUAGAGCUUCACAAGAUUGGCGAACUUGAUGAUAAUCUCUUGCCAGUCCGCAACUUAUCAGAUGAUGAAAGUGAAUCGGAAGAAGAAGACGAUGAGUCUCCUGGAAAGGAAAGAAAGAAAGCAGGAACAAAGAAACGAAAGCGAGUUUUUGAAAGAAAGGUACGGAUAAUCCAGGGUAAACGUCUCCGCUAACACAAAAUAACACGUUUGUCAUGCAGACAAUUUUUUUCGGCGCAUAAUAUACGGGGCACGAGAUAAGCGUUGCACGUUGACUCGUCGCCCCCCUGGACAAGCACCACUCUUAAUUUUUCCUUUCCCGGCUACGAAACCCAUAUAACGUACCCACGACAUUUGUUAAUAGGGCGUUAUAGCAACCACGAUGGCAAAGGAAGCGAAAACGUCGUUGGUUAAGUGCAUUCGCAUUCUUGAAAACUAUUAGCGAUUAUUUGAAGUCGUUCAAUUUGUCAAACGCAGGCAAAUUUUCCAGGAGUAAAAUCCUCUGGAGUUCAUUUAGGUUCAAGAAGAGAAAGAAAAUGUAAUCGUCGUUUGUCAGGUCCGAUGUUAACAUAAUGGGAAAUUUCACGUCGUAUUCGUAGUGUCAGUAACGAAAUGUACCAAUUAAUGUGAUGCUCGUAAUGAGUUGUUGUUUUGCUUCUUGAACCUAUUGCUUUUCUCCUAAUCCUAAUAUCGUCGCCGUCGUGGUUGCUCAAACUCCAUUUUGAAGCAGCUAUAGAAAUACAUCGCACUUAUCUGCAGGGCCUGGGGAUUUAAAUCUUGGUCUUAUACGUUACUGGGCUGAUCACUUAGAACGGACAGUCCCGUCUCGGCAUCAAAACUGGCCUGCGUAGCAAGCGUUCCGCUGGAGUUAUGGCGCGAAAGUUGUCCCGAGCGCAAAAAGGUAGAGGAAGGGGAGAAAAGAGAAUUUUUAGGUUUGCGUCGCAACCGUUUUCUUUUCUCCCCUUCCCCUUCCCCACCUUCUACUUUUUUUAUCCUCGUUUCAACUUUCGUGCAACUAAGUUCGAGCGGAAACGCUUUCCAUGUAGGCUUGUGAGAUGGAGGAGAAGAGCUCAAUAUUGAAGUGCUGAUGGUGGUUGGCAUCUUUCUGAGGGCACGUACAAUGUUUUCUCGUCAGUACAUGCCAAGCGCCAUGGUUUGACUCUUUUCCAUCAUAUUUGCACGCACUGUAAUUCUUUCUUUUCUUUUUGCUUAACUAGGUCCCUCAGGUAUUCAAAGGUAGCUUGCCGCAGGAAAAUCAGCCCCAGUAUCUCACGGCUAUCAGUAUAACCAUCAACAAACUCGCUAACCAACAGGGCCUUGACAUGAGCCAGCGAUACUUUACAGGUGGUGAAUGCCACCUGUUUGGUUUAUUGACGAAUGUUCCAAUUCCAGCGGUUAGUUCUAGUUCAGUCAGAUGUUAGCUUUGAUAGUUGGCUGAUGACGCUUUUGUUCUCGGGUCAAACUUUAAUUCUUUAUCUCUUAAGAGGGUCUAAAAGCCUGAAAAAAUGGCGUCAAAUGUCAUUUCCGAAAAAAUUAAUGAUAAAUAAAUGGUAAUGCGAGAAAUAAAUGCCAUAACUGGGUUUAAUAUUACGUGUUACUUCAGAAAAACAUUAUGAUCCUGAAUAUACAGGUUAAACUAGAAGAACCUGAUUGAUUGAUUGGCUGGCUGAUUGUGGAUUCAAUUAUAACUGAUUAAUCACUGAUUAAUUGACGUUAUUUAUUUAAAUCCAAAGGUGAGAUCAUUCAAACUUUAUCCCGACUAUGGAGAAGUCACAGUAACAAUAAAAUGUCACAAGUCACCACUGGGCACAGGGAUUGCAAGACAAGACUUGAAAACUAUUGAAAAAUUCCACUGUUUCUUGUUCAGCCAAGUUCUUCGCGAGCCCGUGGGAUUCAAACCCAAAGAUUCCGACGGCAGUACAGAUGGUUAUUUUGUAGUUCUCACGAAAAGUAAUGGAUUUGACGUGGACUAUGAUUCUAUGCGCCACGCUUUAACAAGGCAAACUUCACUGGAGCGGUCAACCGGUGAAUCCAGCAAGAUUGACGAGGACAUGGUGGUCUCACAAAAUUACAAGAAGCUGUGUGGACAAAAGUUGGAAAGGUUGGCUGUUUUAAAAGUGCGUCAUGAUCUGAGUCCUUUGUCGCCCUUUCCAGACAAAUCCAAAGCCAAAACGUAUGAAGGCUACUUUAGACUGAAACACGAAAAGUUCUUCACUACUAUGAAGCAGCCUCUUAUUGAAGUGAAACGAAUACAGAAGAGGGUCAAUUUCCUGAAGGACGGAAAAGUGAAGACUAAGAUUGGGCGCGGCGUUAUGGAACUUUUCCCGGAAUUAUGCAACAUACUGCCAAUUGCUUCCUCCCUUCUCUCCCUGUCUCUGAUACUGCCGUCAAUUUUAUACCGUGUGAACGCGCUUCUGCUUGUUGGUGAUGUCAAGCAGAUGGUCGCUGGAGUGCGUGACAACACAGAUGAAUCUAGCCUCCCUUCAAUUGGUGCGGGAAAUGCUAACGGUGAAAAGAGUUUACUCCGUACUGAUAAUAACAGCUUCUCUUCGAAGAUGGACGUGGGUCAUAAGGAUUCUAGUGAUGACAGUGAUGGCGAUGUUGAAGACUUUCGGUUUCGAAAGCUGUUUUCAGAUUUAAAAUCACUGUUUAGUGGAAACCGAACAACUUCUGUUCAUCCCGACUCCGCUCUCGUGCUUCAAGCUUUGACCACCAAGCACAGUGGAGACGCCUUUAAUCUAGAAAGGCUCGAGAUGCUCGGAGACGCUUUCCUAAAGCUGGCGGUUUCACUUCACCUCUAUUGCACCUACCAAGACAAAGAUGAAGGCAAACUAACACAGCGCAAGGUAAGACAAAUCAGCAAUUUGGCGCUGUUCCGUGCGGCUAAAAAGAGCUUUUUAGCAGGAUUCCAACAGAGCACGCGACUUGCACGUGAUGUAUGGUGUCCCACGGGAUGUCAGCAGGGUAGCGCUGAAUCAGAUGUUGUGACGCCUAGUUCAGAAGCUACAGAAGUGAAAGUUGAUGAUGACGGUAACUCUGAAGAUCAGGGCUUUGGAAGCAGGCGAGACAACUGUAACACUCAGGUCAUAGCAGAUAAAUCUGUUGCUGACAGCAUGGAAGCUCUCAUUGGAGCGUAUUUGAUUUGCUGUGGUUACACCGGAGCACUUCGUUUCAUGAAGUUCCUGGGUCUUAAGAUCCUUCCUGAGGAUGAUGACGUCGACGCGGACAUUGGUGAGCUCGCUGAGAAGAGCAGAGAAGGGUGUUAUGCCAGAUUUUGGCCUGAGCAAGCAAACAAACCAGGAGCUAACCAAAGCCAAGAUAUGGUGGCAAAGAUGGUCUCUGGCUUGGAGAAUUUUGAGCACUCUAUUAAGUACACUUUCAAUUCCAAAUUGUAUCUGGUAGAAGCUUUGACACACGCCUCGUAUCACCUUAACCGCGUCACGCCCUGUUAUCAAAGACUGGAGUUUCUUGGAGACGCCUUGUUGGAUUUCCUGGUAACACAACAUCUUUAUUUCCGUCAAGAAAAAUUGUCACCCGGUAAGCUGACAGAUAUUCGCCAGGCUUUGGUGAAUAACAACAUCUUUGCAACCAUUGCUGUGAAAUACGAGUAUAACAAGUAUUUGAAGGAGAUGUCUCCGGAUUGGUUUAGAUCCAUCGACAAUUUUAUUACUAGACUGGAAGACAAGAAAGAAGAGAAUACGAAUCCGGUAGGUAGGACUUAAAGUCUUUCUCUACCUUUAAUGGAGGAUGACAUUCUCUUUGCUGCCUUUUGACUGUUACGUUUGUUAGCCGCCAUUUUAACAAACCUUCAGAGUGUAUCAACAUUUUUGUAAUUGCGUGUAGUCAGCAAGCACUUGUGUCAGUAACAGUGCAGGUACACGAACGAGUUGUUGGUUCUCGUUCUGACUCCAAGAGGUGGGAGGUUUUUCCCCGGGGACUUCUGUUCUCCCCUCUCUUCAAAAACUAACACAAUCAAAUUGCAAUUCGAUCUGGAACACACGAACACUUUUGAAAGUGUUCCUCGGAGGUCCUAGGUCUUUCUUGGGUAAACAUAUUACAUUUUUUACAAGUACCCUACACGUCCACUUUAUCUCCAUUCUAGAUGACUGAAUAGGCCAUUAGCACGUAGGCGGCAUUAAGCUGCAGCUUUCAGGAUCCUUCUGAGUUUUUUCUUGUCCAAGUUAUGACUAGGUACACUAGGUAUGGCAUCCUCGGAGACGCAGGGGCAGUCAGUCGGGUCGCGAGAAAAGGCGGGACGAAAGUUUUCAAGUACGGGCGAGAGAGCCCCUGGGUACCGACUCUCACCGAAUUAUUCAAGCGGAUGCCGGCUCCUGGUUGGGCACAAAAAAAUGCUUUGUAUUAUUGUGACCAAUCGGCGAACAUUCUCUCCUGAGUUCUUUUCGUGAGUUCGUACUCAACUGCCAUUGUCCCGCCACACUUGCCCGGUUCGUUCAACAAGCUUGUGCCUGGAAGGGAAACUUUUAUUUUCUACUUUCCUAACCAGAAAAGAAGGAACUACCGACGAGUCGAAAAAACGUUUGGGAUGCUAUCAGCAGGAGCAAUUGAAUUUGCCCCGAUAAUAUUCUGUUUUUGACGUCAACUGCCAGACUACCCGUGAAAAUGCCUAAUUUCACGUUUUGUGAUGGACGUAAACAAGCAAUGACAAAAUUCAUUUUCUUCAUGAACUUGGAUAUGGUUUAUAGAAAUUCAGCUCCAGAAGUGUUCGCUUGCAUUUGACAAAGUCAGCGAGCUGGAAUAAUCUUGAUAGAGACUGAAAAAAAUAUGAAUUCACUUUUCCAUGCGACGUUUUCGUGGCUGUCAGCCGUCGUUGUAUCUUUUAAAAACACUCUAUAAAUAUUUACCCAAGACGUGGCUGGUGCAAUUGUGAAUACCCGUUGUAAGCUGAAGCUUGUAUUUUUGGAAAAGCGUCUUUAGUUUUCGGGCAGACAGUAUUUUAAAAUCACAUGGGGAUUUUAUAUCAAACUGAAAGUUUCCUGACUGCGUGCAUUUCUUUGGUGCAUGAGCCAGACAAGCCGUGAUCGAGACAAUAGCCGUCGCGUAAGAACGCACGAAAAUAACUCAGGAGAUGUGUUCGCCGAUUGGGCACAAUAAUACAAAACAUUUUUUGUGCCCAAUCAGGAGCCGACAUACGCUUGAAUUUUUGGAAAUGGUCCGGUGAGAGUCGGUACCCCGGGGCUCUUCCGCCCUUACUUGAAAACUUUAGCUCCGCCUUUUCUCGCGACCCGACUGACUGCCCCUGGGUCUCCGAGGAUGUAGGUAUGGCAAAUGAGGUAUAGGUGACAAAAGGUAGUGUAGUGCAGUAGUUAAAAGAGACUGAAACAUCUUUAUCCGAGAUUCCCUUGUUCACAUUAUUCUGGUUCCUGGUGAAUCUUUGGUGUUCAUUAGGCAAAGCGAAAAAAGACGCAAGGAUUUUCUUUGUAUUUCACAGGGGACUGCAGAUCCAUUUAUCAUCGUAUCUGAACAAGACGACGAAGGGAUCGAAGCUCCCAAGGUCCUGGGUGAUAUUUUUGAGUCCGUGGCUGGUGCAGUGUUUUUGGACAGCGGUAUGGAUUUCAUCAAGGUCUGGGGAGUGUACUACCGCAUGAUGCAACCUUACAUCGGUAUGACAUCAUUUUUCAAAGUUAGAUAAUGUUCCCUACUGGUGACCCGACAGCCAUUUCUACGUCCAUGGUCACCCGAGCCCUAAAGUACUUGUCGCCUGUAAAGUUUUUAGCAAAGGCGGUACCUCUUUUCUCAGUUGUUUUAAAGACCUUGUAUUUAAUCGGGUGUUGAUUUGAGGAUAGAACGAGCGACCUUCUCCCAAAAAAUUGGGGGGUUGUGGAUUGGCUCCGUUCAGGAUGCUUAACUCUAAUAUGUCGGCUAUUUAUUAGAGUGGUCGCGAUAACUAACCACAAUAUAAAGGACACCAUUUAUUAGACAAAAGAUAAGUCUUUGUCGUUUUUGAAAAUUGUCAGUGUGAGCGCAUAUACGUUAAUAACAGGCAGCCCUCUUUAAGGGUUAUAACGAAUUUAAGCGGUGCCACAAAUUUUCUGACGAGCUUUCGUCAUUUUUAUAGUGGUUUCCCCCGGAAAUGUCCCGCUCUUGAGACCAGCGCUUUACCAACUAAACUUACAGUGCUGCGGUUUGAGAACUCAUUUCUCAAAGUUUCGGUCUCAUGAUAAAUAAAAACUGUUACUGUUAACUUGACCAUUUUGAUACUUUUGCAUGUUACCAUGGUCAAACUCAUUCAACAGGUUGCAACAUGAACAAUUACCAUUCUCACUAUAUUAAAGAAAUAAGUGUUUGUUCUUUGUCAGACCAAUACUCUGAACACAUACCGAUCAAUCCCAUCAGGCGCGUGUACGAAGAGGACAACGAACUGAAAUUUAGGUACGUGAGUACAUAUUCCGUGUAGGAUAUACGACGUAAUCCUGAAAUAAGGACUUGUCGCUCUCAACUCAUACUGUUUUUUUCUAUAGGUUUUUCACUGUUUUCUCUCUUUUGCAUGAGUUUUUCAAAAGUAGAAUUAUACGGAUCAGGUCCUUAAAUUUGUAGGCAUUUCCGAGUUUGAGUUUGAAUCUGAGGAUGACCUACUCCAAAAUGUCAAAGCAUCAACCACUGUCACCCAAAGUUACUAAAACACAUUUAUACGGACGGCCCUUGUAAAACGGAAGGUUAUAAGUGUGUUCAAUCAUCAGUCACUAAAAAUAAUUAAUCAACUGUGUUGAGACGGAAAUAUACUGUAAUACUAGAAGCAAAGCGAUGGAGAGCUUCACUGAGAUACUGAUUCCAGAUUAGUUUCAUCGGCAGCAGGCUUUUUAUUUACUGAAAUCUUAACAAAAUCAAGUACUUACGUAGAGGCAAUACCCUGAAAGUUGCUUGCAAGUUGACACUAACAAUAACUAGUUUUUCUAGGGCUGCGACCCCAGACAAUCUUUAAAGGACUAGCCUUAUCCACGGAUAGUCGCAAAAGACAAACUACAAACUGUGUAGUUUCUAACAAAAACAAUCGUUUAAGGGAUGUUGUUUCCUUAAUCAUUUAUCAGCUGAGUUGACAAGGAACAUUGGCCAUUGUAUUGCUAGAAACAAAGCCAUGGAGAAUCACCCACACUUAGCCGACAUUGACUCAAGACUGGGUACAUCAUCAGCAACAUUUUCAACGACUGUUGACCUCAGAGACAGGCGAACUCAUUUAUAUAAUUUCUGUUUAUAUCUUUAGCAAAGCCGAAGUUCUUGCCGAUGGAAAAGUCAAGUGUACUUUGAAAGUUCGCUGGGGUAAGUUCGAUGGUUAUGGCAAAAACUCCAAAGUUGCCAAGGCAACCGCUGCAAAGCUGGCAGUGCAGGAGCUGGACAAGGACAAUUCAAGGAAGUAG